CAGGUAAUGUCAUCAGCAGGGAAACUUGGCGGGGUUUGUGCCUGACAGUCAGGUCGCUGCAGUCGAUCCUUCAACUACUGCAUUCUCCCGAUAAACUCACCCACCACCAUCCUCACCCAUUACUGCUGCAAAAGCUACACCCUCACCACCACCACCAUGACACGAACGUCUCCCACUUCCUUCCAACAGCUGGAAAAGCUCGGCGAAGGCACCUACGCCACGGUCUUCAAAGGCCGCAACACCAAAACUGGGGAGCUCGUCGCACUCAAAGAAAUCGCCCUCGACACAGAAGAAGGCACACCCUCGACGGCGAUCCGCGAAAUCUCCCUGAUGAAAGAACUCCACCACGAGAACAUCCUCCGCCUCCACGAUGUCAUCCAUGCUGAGAACAAGCUCAUGCUCGUCUUCGAAUACAUGGACAAAGAUCUGAAACGCUACAUGGAUACCAACGGCGGCCAGCUCGAACCAUCCGUCAUCAAAUCCUUCUCAUUCCAACUCCUCCGCGGCGUCGCCUUCUGCCACGAAAACCGCAUCCUCCACCGCGACCUCAAGCCCCAGAAUCUUCUCGUUAACAACAAGGGGCAACUAAAACUCGCAGACUUCGGUCUCGCCCGCGCAUUCGGUAUCCCGGUGAACACCUUCUCCAAUGAGGUAGUUACGCUUUGGUACCGCGCGCCAGACGUGUUACUAGGGAGUCGAAGCUACAGCACAAGUAUCGACAUAUGGUCCAUUGGGUGUAUCAUCGCAGAGAUGUCUAUGGGCCGGUCUUUGUUCCCCGGAUCAAAUAACGAGGACCAACUGCAGAAGAUUUUUAAGGUCAUGGGAACCCCAUGUGAGACGUCGUGGCCUGGUGUGUCUAGGUUCCCUGAGUAUCGGGCGGAUUUCCCCCUGUAUGUGGAGCAGGACUUGUGGGCACUGAUGCCUAGGAUGGAAGAAGAUGGAAUGGCACUCGUGAGGGAAAUGUUGAGGUUGAAGCCUGAGAGGAGGGUUAGUGCUGCAGACGCGUUGAGACAUUCUUGGUUUACUGAUGGUCGGUUUUAUGCCGAGGAGGGUGAUCCCCACAAUUAUCUCUUGUCAGGAUGAUUGAGGGAUAGGGUGGCUGGUGGUGUUUGUCGGUCUGUCUGAGGGGGUCGGUCAUGCUAGGGGGUGAUGCGGGUUAAAUUAAAGCGGGGGAUCUUCACCUCCAGGGUUAACUGCAAGUAAGGGAGGGAUUUGAAACAUUGGAGAUAGGGAAAUUCGGGGUCAUGAGGCAGGAGUGAGCGAGACUUGCAAUUCUUGGAGACCGAUUAUCAAUUCUUCUAGGCUGGAGCUACUUAAUACAACC